AAAUAUAAAAAUCCUUAUAUUCUUCAAGAAUAUUUAGUUAAUCAUUGUAAAAGAUGUUCUAAAAAACUUGGAUUAUAUUAUGCAAGUAUUGUAAGAAGAGAUAAAGAAAAGCAUAAGCUUGAAAAUGAAUAUAUCUCAAGUGAAUCAGAUGAACCUCCUUUAAAAAAUCCAAACAAAUAG